AUAGUUUCAAGGAAAAACGAAAGGAUUUAAAUCAGAUUAUGCUCCAGAUGUCAAACAUAAAAUUCCCCUUUUUAUUUUAACUGGAAGUUGGGGGGAUGGCCCAGAUAAGCUGUGGCUAUAUGUAUCUGUUCAUAGAUUGAAACCUGACUAUUUUAAAACAUGCUGCGCCUUCUGAUCAUAUUAAGUUUGCUCAGAAGAGCUUAUCUUUCAGAUAUUGUAGCACAAGGAGACACAGAUGUUGUGUUGGGUCAGGAUGCUUCACUCUCUUGUACGCUGCCGUUCGUGUCUGGAGUCAAACAAGUCACCUGGCAGCGGGUGCGCACGCACAAAGAUGUACAAACUCUGGCAACAUUCAGCGAACAAUUCCAGGAUAAUGUGCUUGAGGACUAUGUGGGAAAAGUCACUUUAACUCUGGCGACAUUUAAUUCAACAACUAUUACUAUCAAAAACACAACAUUUGAUGACGAGGCUUGCUACAUUUGUUCCUUCAAAGUGUAUCCGUCAGGACCCAAACGAAAAACCUUGUGCCUCACUGUUAAAGGUAUCACAGAAAUAACCGCAAAAGUGAAUCCUUCACCCACUUCUGAUUCAGAUGUCAUAGUUUCAUGUUCAGCCACUGGUAAACCAACUCCAACAAUCCAGUGGAAAUCAUCAGAGACAGAAAUGAACUUCUUCAGGUCAAAUAAUUUCACUAACCUCAACGAAGACGGUUCAACCACCUUUACAAGUAACAUCACAAUUCCACUGUCACAGUUUCAUGGGAAGUACGUGGAAUGUUUGGCUCAGAGUGACAGCGUGGAGAAGAGGUUUCAAAUUUAUGUGCCUAAAGAUAAUAAUAAAGAAAAUAAUGUCACAUUAAGAAAGUAUAUAAUUCCGAUGUUUGUCGUGGUUAUCUUCAGUAUUGUCAUUAUUGCCUUCUACCUUCACACAAAGUUAAAUGAUAAAAAUCAGAAAUCUGCUUGUACAGCAUGAACUUCUGGUCAUCUGCCACUUUCUGCAGAAUAUUUGAUAGGCUGCUUUUGUACUCUGCUACAAUAAUAAUAAAAGUGAAUAGUUUACUUUUGUGAAUAAGCUAAUAAUAAUAUAAUUGUAUAAAUAUCUGUUCACCUGAAAGUCUGUAUUUUUCCACAAACAGUUACAUUCUGCACCUGCACUUUAAGGAUUUAACUAUUUGUUCUUUCUACCUAACAUUUUAUUUAUUGUUGUGAGUAUUGUAAAUUGCAUUUUGAAAAAUUAUGUUACAGCAAGCUGUCUUUGACAAUAGACUAUAUUUUAGGUCACCUGUCAGUAAUGCUAUUCCAAGUUUUCCAAUAAAAAUUGGUUGUUGGACCCAAACA